UCUGAUCAGUGUGUGAAGGAGUGUGUUCAGCAGAGAGGGAAAGUGGCCGAGAGACACCGACUGACCCAGGGACUUCAAAGAGACAAAACAAAAUCCCUCCAGAAUCCUGCAGGAACCAGAAAAACUGCUCUACAGGUGGUCUCCUGGAUGAACGCUCUGGUGAUGGACGACUACGCCCUCCCGUUCUGGAUCUACCUGGCCGUGCUCACCGUGUUUGUGGCUGGGUUCAUGAAUAAGAUCCUGGCGUCCCACCUGAGCACCGGGCCCAUGCUGGUGGCGUGGCUGGGGGCCACGGUGCUGGUGGAGCGUCUGUGGGCGUUCUGCCUGCCGGCGCUGCUGCUGCUGCUGCUGCUGCUGCUCAGCCUGGCCUGCUGCAUCUACGCCGCCGCCAGGACCGGCCCGCCACCCGCCACGCUGCCCGCCCACGGCAGGGCCGUCCUCGUCACAGGCUGUGACUCUGGCUUCGGGCACGAGGCCGCCAAGCGUCUGGAUGCCCUGGGCUUCGAGGUGUUUGCCACCGUGAUGGACCUGACGGGAGACGGGGCCAGGGAGCUGUGGAGGACGUGCUCUCCGUCCCUGUCCCUGCUGCAGGUGGACAUCACCCAACCCCAGCAGGUCCGGCAGGCGCUGCUGGACACCAAGGCCAAGCUCGGCCUCCGAGGUCUUUGGGGUUUGGUGAACAACGCCGGGGUGUGCGUGAACUUUGGAGACGCAGAGCUGUCGCUGAUGUCCAACUUCCGUGGAUGCAUGGAGGUUAACUUCUUUGGCACCCUCAGCAUGACCAAGAGCUUCCUGCCACUGCUGCGACAGGCCAAAGGACGCAUCGUGAACAUUUCCAGUCCGGCCGGUGACCAGCCGUUCCCCUGCUUGGCGGCGUACGGAGCCUCCAAAGCAGCUCUCAACCUGCUGACAGAAACGCUGCGUCAUGAGCUGGAGCCCUGGGGGGUCAGGGUGUCCACCAUCCUGCCUUCUUCAUACAGGACAGGUCGUACCUGUGACCACACCUACUGGGACGGGCAGCACAAGAAGCUGCUGCAAGGCCUGUCUCCGGCGCUGCUGGAGGACUACGGCGAAGACUACAUGCUGGAGACCAAGGACCUGUUCCAGAGCUACGCCAAGCACGCCAACCCCGACGUCAGCCCCGUCAUGGACGCCAUCAUCCAGGCACUGCUGGCGCCGCAGCCGCAGGCCCGCUACUACGCCGGCCCGGGCGUAGGUCUCAUGUACUUCAUCUACACCUACUGCCCCUUCAGCAUCAGCAACCGCUUCCUCCAAAAACUCUUCGUCAAGAAGACGCUGAUGCCACGUGCCCUCAGGAAGCAGUCGGGGCUGGACAUGGAUCUCCACCAGAACACCACCAACAACAACAACAACGAAAACAAGACGGAGGAGAAGAUGCAGCUGUGAGCACAGUUGAGGACCACUUUUCUGAUCUCUGUUCUGCAUCAAAGUGGCUUCUGUUAGUCCCCCUGACACACUCCCAACAGAAGAUGAGGGCACAGAAGCAGGUCAGGGGGUGGGCUCUGCUGCAGAUUGGUCAGACAGGGACAUUUCUUGCUUUUUGGGGACCCUAGUAUGUAGGAGCUGUGUUUGGGGGCCACUCCCUAGCAGAGCUCCAAAUCCAUUAAGAUGAUCUGCAGCGAUGCGUUCAUCUGUUACACUUUGAAAAGAACACAGGCUGGAUUUGUGUAUUUAAAGUUCAAAUUCAAGCUGAUCGAGCAAAAAAAGCCCAACUUGAAUUUAGCCAGGGCGAGCUGAGCUAGCGCAGCGUUGCGAUAGGACCACCUGAAGACACUCUCACGUUGUAAACCGAACAUUUGCAAGGAAAAGAAGUUCUGUCUGAGCUCACCAAUCUUCAAGAGAAACACUUGAUUUGUGAGUUGUUUUGCCUUUUAAAAUCUCAACUUUUGAUACAAAACUCUUGUGUGUCCCAACACAGAUGGUGCAUAUCUAAGUCAUGAUGUAAGCGUUGUUGUUGAUUUGUUGAUGUGUCUACACUGACCUUGUAGCCGAGGGGCCAUGUUUGGCUGCAGGGGCCUUGUGUGUGUGUGUGUGUUCUGUAUGGACAGGAGCGGCCCGGUCAGCCCGGCGGCCCGGUCGGCCCGGUGGCCCAGCGGCCCGGUCAGUUAGCUUUUCAUUACUCGGAUCUGACAGGCGACUCAUCACUCAGCAUUUGCCUCCACAGUCAAAGACAAAUAUGUGAGGUCAUCUGUGAGAACAUCAAAGAUUUUAGUUGUUAUAGAGGAUCUGCUUUGACGUCACUUCCCCACUGGACCAGCCCCCUUACUCACAUUGAGUGGCAAAAACAGCUGCAACUAGUGGAGAAGAUGGGAUAACAACCGAUUAUGGGCUUAAAUUAAAGUCAGUUGGACUUGACAGUGACCCGUACAGUUACCCCAAGAACCAGUGGUCCAUGGACAUUAAUAUUUGGUACAGUUACCAAGAACCAGUGGUCCAUGGACAUUAAUAUUUGGUACAGUUACCAAGAACCAGUGGUCCAUGGACAUUAAUAUUUGGUACAGUUACCAAGAACCAGUGGUCCAUGGACAUUAAUAUUUGGUACAGUUACCAAGAACCAGUGGUCCAUGGACUUUAAUAUUUGGCCACGAAUCCAGUUUCCUGAUAUUUAUAUGUACUUAAUUUCUACACUGGGGAAAUACAUGAAGCAAAACUUGAAGGCUUACGAAAGUCUUGACGCUUGUCCGACUUCAAGCCAGGAUUUGUUGUAGAAAUUAAAGUGAUGAGGACACCGAACUUUAUGAUUUAAAGCAGCACAAUGUAACUUUCAGCUUUUGUUGAGUUUGGCGGCUCCUUUGGACAAAAGCGGAAGUGCUUUACAAGUAGUAUCCACCUCAAAGUUACAUAGUGCCAGUGAAGGCGAUACAGACCCCUCAGACGAUGACAGAGGUUCAUUAAACCUGUUGGAAGUUGAUGUACCAUCACAAUGACUCUGGAAAUAUGAUAUUAAGGUGGAAAAGUUACAUAGUGCUGCUUUAACGUUAGCUACCCAAAAAUCCAACAUUACCUGAUACAAAAUGGGAACCACAAAUCCACGUUUCGGUGCCUGGAAUCCAGUUGUUUCUGUGAAUUGCAGCAAUCCAUUUGUCUUUCUUAAGCUUAUUUUUCGGCAGUCUGUAAGACGAUAACUCUGAUUUCUUGCUAAAUCUAUGAGUACAGUCGAUCGCACAACAGCUCUUUCCCAUUUUAGAUGUUUUCCAGUUGCUCAAACUGAAAGUCUACGCUGCCACUCAGUCUUUCUGACACUCAGUCUUUCUGCCGCUCAGUGGGCGUAACCCGCUGUGAAGUCGCAUCUGUGACGUCAUGCGCAUUCCCUCUAUUACCAGUGAAAACCGCCCAACAAGGAUGAAAAAAACGCUGUUUUUUGGGUGUUGUCUGACGUCACCAACGGUAACAAUAAAGUCAGCCCGUUAAACCUGACUUCCCUGCAGCUGCCGAAGAAGCCUUCAGGCGAAGAAGAAACUCCUUACCCUUAGAGCUUCAUCAGAUACCAGCAUUCAUUAAGAUGGUUUUGUCCAGCUCUGACAUUGUUCUGUCGGUGCAGUUAAAGCAGAAAACUGCUGAUACCCCCGUGGUGGAUGGAAGUGUGACCGGGCUCCACCUGCUGCACCGCGAGUCACCACACAGGCGCUUCCACUAAACUCAACUGCUGUGUCCAUCCACUUCCUGUUCUCACAUUCCACUGACCUACAGGUGCUUCUGCAUCACAGCAAGCAGGGAGCAUAGCAGGAUGGAAUCCUUUCUAAAUAAAAGUGCAUGUUCAUUUUGAUUUGUUUAUACUCGCCGAAGCAAAAUACUGAGGCCCAAUGACACUAUUGCAUGUGCAUGUGUUAAAUCAGGUCACUUCAGCAUGCAACUCUUUUCAUGUGGGCUGUAGUCGUCCAUGUUCCAGACCAGAUAUCAGCACCACUCAAGGUGACAAAACUUGCUUAGAAUUUUUUUGAAAAUAUCCAUGUCUGUAGAUAUUUUGGUAAGUAUGAUACAGCUGCCACUCAGGAAGGGUUAUCUUACCAGAAUAUCAUCUACAGACAUGGAUCUUUUCAAAAAUCAUAAGUUUUGUCACCUUGAGUGGUACUGACAUGUGAAAUUUUGGGCUCUGGCCUAUGGACUAGUAGUGACUCCAAUAUGGAGACUUACCAGCAGGUACAACUCCCAGCACCCAGCCAAUGAACAAAUGGUGACAUGGACGGAACAAGCAAGCUCGGCAGUUGGUUGGAGCACAUCGACCUUACCUCAGUUACCAAAAGCUACUGGAGUUUAGCUUCAAAGACUGGCUCAUGCUAGCCAAUGUUACUUUACGUUCAAUCUGACUGAUUCUGAUCAGUUCAUCCCUCUUUGUCUUGGCCAUCCCAUAGUCUGCAGCUUCAUUUGCUUCAAUUCAAGGCUCAAAAGUCAACGUUUUAGCAAACAUUUUUGGACACUGGCAUAUUCCGCUUAGUCGGCAGAAGGGAUGCUUGUGAAUUGGAAGCUACAAAUCACAUGCUAACGUCAGCUUUGUGCGUACAGUACUUCCGAUUCGCAGAUAGUUAAACUGUGGAGAAGCUGAACCUGUCGUUGUGACACUGAAACCACGUUCAGCUAGGACCUCAGCUGCUGGUUAAACUGGAAAUGUUGAAGUGUUAAAACACAGCUAAAGUAGCCACAUGCUAAGUUAAUUGGACGAUUAUUUUAGAAACAAGCAAGGUUGUCAGAUUUCACAAUAAAAGCAAAAACAUGUUUCACCACAUGAAUUAUUUGUAAUGAACCAGCUGUUUACGAUCGUAUUUUUUUUUUAUCAUUAUCAAAGUAUGUAAAUGUGUGUUUCUGGCCAAAAACAAACAUCUCCUUCGUCUAAAGUUUUGACCUUUUCAAGUGAAACCAGAAUUGUAGGGUUGCAUUUUAUGUUUUAUUAAACUCAGCCAAACUGUUGUGCUUCUGUUUUAAAGGUUUGAUGAAGAGAAAUUAAUCCAUCAAUGUAUUUUUACUCAUUUUGGUUUGAAAUGAACACAUUUCUAUUUUCAAACCUCCAAAAUGUAUUGCCUCAUGUUCAGGGAUUGACCUGGUGUCCUCCUGUCAGUGUGUGUGUGUGUGUGUGUGUGUGUGUGUGUGUGUGUGUGUGUGUGUGUGUGUGUGUGUGUGUGUGUGUGUGUGUGUGUGUGUGUGUGUGUGUGUGUGUGUCUAAGUUCUGUAAUACUGAAAGAACUCUUGCUCUGUUUCAGGCCACGUUUGUUCUCCUCUCAGACUAUUUAUGGCAUUAUCCUGAUAUCAACACUUUAACUGUGAAUUUUGUACGAAAAAGAUAAAGAAUACGUAACACAUGGAAGUGUUCACUUUGUUCAUUUUUUGAUAGAAAUAAAGUUCUUGUUUAGA